CCCUGGGAAGAUGGAUGAUUUACAGUUACUGGAAAAGGAGGAAAAAACAUCCACAAUUUUAAAAUCAGAGUUUUACAAGUGACUUAAGAGGCAUGCCUUGUGAGUUCUAAGAACAAAGGAAAUUGGCUAUGGAUAAUUCAUAUCAUUUCAAUCAACGAAACUCAUGUAACGGACUUCCAUCUGAGAAGAAAAACAACUUCCUUGUAUCCGAAGAUCAUGGACAGAAAAUCUUAAGUGUACUGCAGAAUUUUAGAGAGCAAAAUGUCUUUUAUGAUUUCGAAAUAAUCAUGAAAGAUGAAAUAAUCCCAUGUCAUCGCUGUGUCUUAGCAGCGUGCAGUGACUUUUUCAGGGCUAUGUUUGAAGUAAACAUGAGAGAGAGAGACGGCGGGAGCGUCACCAUCACUAAUCUGUCCUCCAAAGCCGUGAAGGCCUUCCUUGACUACGCCUAUACCGGGAAAACACAGAUAACAGACGAUAAUGUGGAAAUGUUCUUCCAGUUGUCCUCAUUUCUUCAAGUCUCCUUCCUAGCCAAAGCUUGCAGUGACUUUUUAAUAAAAAGUAUUAACCUUGUCAACUGUCUGCAGUUACUAUCUAUAUCAGACAGCUACGGCUCCCCCCGCUUGUUCAAUCACGCACUGUACUUUGUACAGAACCACUUUUCCUUGCUAUUUAAGUCCAGUGAUUUCUUAGAGAUGAAUUUUGGAGUCCUGCAAAAAUGUCUGGAGUCAGAUGAGUUAAAUGUCCCCGAAGAAGAAACUGUCCUGAAAGUUGUCCUUAGUUGGACCAAACAUAACUUAGAAUCGAGGCAAAAGCAUCUGCCUUAUUUGAUUAAAAAAGUACGAUUACAUCAGUUAUCUGAGGAGACCCUUCAAGACUGUCUGCUCAACGAAGAGUGUUUACUCAAAAGCACAAACUGCUUUGACAUGAUCACGGAUGCCGUUAAGUGUGUGCAAGGUUCUGGUGGACUCUUCCCUGAUGCUCGGCCAUCCACCACUGAAAAAUAUAUAUUUGUUCACAAAACUGAGGAAAAUGGAGGCGACCAAUAUACAUUUUGCUAUAAUAUCAAUAGUGACUCGUGGAAAGUGCUGCCACAGUCACAUCUGAUCGAUUUGCCAGGGUCUAGUCUGUCUAGUUACGGAGAGAAAAUAUUCCUGACAGGAGGCUGCAAAGGGCCAUGCUGCAGAACCGUCCGGCUUCAUAUCGCAGAGUCCUAUCACGAUGCGACCGAUCAGACCUGGUGCUACUGUCCGGUGAAAAACGAUUUCUUCCUGGUAUCAACUAUGAAGACACCAAGAACCAUGCACACGUCAGUUUUGGCUCUCAACAGAUUAUUUGUCAUUGGUGGGAAGACCAGAGGGUCUCAGGACAUUAAAAGUCUCUUAGAUGUUGAGUCUUACAACCCUCUUUCCAAAGAAUGGCUAUCUGUUAGCCCGUUACCCCGGGGCAUAUACUAUCCCGAAGCAAGCGCAUGCCAGAAUGUAAUCUAUGUUCUUGGAUCAGAGGUAGAGAUUACAGAUGCCUUUAACCCAUCACUCGACUGCUUUUUUAAAUACAACGCAACCACUGACCAGUGGUCGGAACUGGUAGCAGAGUUCGGGCAGUUUUUUCAUGCAACCCUGAUUAAAGCUGUCCCGGUAAACUGCACGCUGUAUAUAUGUGACCUUUCCACCUACAAGGUGUAUAGUUUUUGUCCAGAUACUUGCGUCUGGAAGGGGGAAGGCUCUUUUGAAUGUGCAGGCUUUAACGCAGGCGCAGUUGGGAUUGAAGAUAAAAUUUAUAUCUUAGGUGGUGAUUACGCACCAGAUGAAAUCACAGAUGAAGUGCAGGUCUACCACAGCAGUAGAUCUGAGUGGGAAGAAGUCUCACCGAUGCCAAGAGCCUUAACUGAAUUUUACUGCCAAGUGAUUCAGUUCAAUAAAUACAGAGACCCGUGGUUUUCUAAUCAUUUCUGAAAGGAGCAUGUGCCUAGACAGUCUAAAAUGAUUCCAGUUCUAGAAAUCUACUGUAAAUCUGUUAACCUGUAGUUGGUAACAAGGUCUUUACCUCUUAGUAAAGUAAAAUGUACCGUCUGUUAGAGAAUCACUAUAGGACUUAGCAGUUGCCAGAAACUUAAAAUACAAAGUACAUUUACCAGACAUUAUACUGAAUAUAAUUUAAUCACGGAGAAUCCAGAAUACUUAGUAUUCUCAUAUGUAAGUAAAACUCGUAGGCAUCGAUGUCUUGAUUUUUAGAGUACUUUAUCCAUGAAAGACCAGGAAGAACAAAUCAGUGUUCACAGAUCUGUACUAUCUAGACGGGAAAAAUCUCUUUAGGUAGUGGAAAUGGAUUAUUUGCACACUAUGUUAGGUGAAGUGAAAAUUAAAUUAGAGAGACCUAAGAAGCCUGCCCCAUUACUACAGGAGUAAGAGGGGCUGAAUUCCUAUCCUUUCCAAUCAUGGCUUAGCUUCUUUUAAGCCCUUCCUUUUUUUCCCUACCAUUUGUUGUUUUUGUUUUGUUUUGUUUUGUUUUGUUUUCAUCAGGUCAACUUUUCUAAAAUGCAGUGUAUUUCCCCCUGGCUUCUAAGCUAUACACUAAACAUAGCUUGACUUUUUUUUUAUGAUUUAACUCUUCAUUAAGAGCAUAAUGUUCCAUGAUAUAAUGCCAUAAUGCCAAUGGCAAUUACUGAAAUGCUUUUAAAAUUGCUGAUUCUAUUAGUUCUAAGUGUUAGUUGGUUUCAAUUUCUAGCAAUAUCAUAUCUUUCUUAUUUUGUGGCUCAGGCUCAGUAAAUUAACAUUCUUCAUUUAAUUAUUAGUUAUAAGUUACACCCAAUCUGAGUCUAUCUUAACAUGUAACCCAUCGAGUGAAGUUCCUGGAUUCUGAGAUGGUAGUCCUCAAAUACUUUUUCUGUAUCCUUGCCAGUUUCCAGGAUUACUGAGGAUGUAGGAAAUCUGACCUCUAGAUAAGUGUAUUCUUAUGUUGCAUUUCUUAAAUUUUUAAAUGUCCUAAUUUGAGUUGUAAUAAGAAAUUUCAACAUUUUAAAUUAGUACCAUAUCAGUUUUCUUUGAUGAUACAUACCAACUAUAAAGCACCGUGUUGGUUUACUACUUACGUAAGUUAUUCAUAGUGAAUUGUUUUCUAAAUUCUUUUAAAAAUGACUAGGUUUUUGGUGUUGGUCUUAUUCACAGCCUGCUGUAUCUGUUUAGAUGCUUAGUCAUCUUUAACCCAAACAAAGAAGGAGUAUCAGUCAGUCAUCGCUUGUUCUCAGGUAGGAUGAUUCUGUGUUGCAAGAGAGUAUGUUUCUUUCAUAAGUUUAAAAGAUAUAACCAUAUUAGGCUGUAAAAGUAGAAAUAUACCUAAAUAAAGGUCCAUUUAUUAUACCAUAUAAGUUUAUGCAAUUGUAAGCUUCAGAUAUAUUUUUUUCAAAAUAGAACAGGACAUUAGACUACAUGAUCAUGCAAUUCCAAAAUCGGACUGUCCCUAAUCAGAUGACAGUUGCAUAAAAAGUAUUCUGUAGAACUGUUGGCCUUCCUCCCUAAGUUGGCGCUGCCCUUUCCUGUGUGUGUGUGUGUGUGUGUGUGUGUGUGUGUGUGUGCAAGAAAAAAAUUCAGUGAAGACAUUUGUGUGCAUAUUUGUGGACUUGGAAACUAUUUAAGAAAGACCAUAACACAGUGGGUGACCCAUCUGUGGAUUUACUGAACUGUUAAUUUAAACAUAUAUAAAUAAUUAAAGUAUGUUUAAAAUAAA